AUGAGACCAAUGAAGCUCCGAAUUCAUUUUUAUAAUCGUUCAUUUUACACUAGUAUUAUACGUUAUUUUUUAGAACAAAUAGAUAAAUUAAAUGAUUUAGAUGUUCCAGAAAAACGACUUUUUGGACCAGAAGAUAUUGCUGCAAAUGUCGGUGACACAGUUGUAUUUCCAUGUAUUCUUACAUCACCGCUAAGUAAAGUUAUCUGGUGCUGGAAUGGUUUUUGUACACUUGGAAAAACAAUACAUAUCGAAAAUAACAAAGAACAAGAUAUACAAUUAUAUCAAUAUGAAUUUUAUUCACGAUUUUAUUUAUCAAUUAAUGAAAAAUUAAAUCAUUACAAUUUAACAAUAAAGAAUGUAUCAUCCAAAGAUGAAGGAACCUAUCAGUGUCAAGCGUUACGAACAAUGACUAUACAAGAAGCAGUUUCAAAGCAGGUACAAUUAACCAUUAUAGCUCAUCCCACUCGUAGUCCGAAUAUUAUUAUUGGAAAUAUGCCUUUACAGCAAGGUACACCGAUCAAUGUAACAUGUUUAUCUAGUCCAUCACAACCGGCCUCAAGUUUAUUAUUGUAUAAAAAUAAUGAACAGUUAAAACACACUCUCAUCCAAUAUGAACAUGAUUUAAAGAGCAGAAAAAAUUUAACAAAAUUAUUUUAUAUCCUUAGUCCAGAUAUAACAUGGCAUAAUGCAAUGUUAAAAUGUGAACAAACCUAUCUAUUAUCAAAUUUUAAACAAGACGUAUCAACGCGCAUUCAAGUCCAACAUAAACCGUUAGUCCGAAUAGAAUCUCAAAAUAAAUAUCCGCUGACAAUAAAUUCUACAGCAACAUUUGCCUGUAUUGUUAAUUCAAAUCCUCAAUCAUAUAUCAAAUGGUUUGCCAAUUCACUCGACAUAAGUAAUUUAAAUACUCCUGUUAUAAAUAUACCAUUGUCAAAAAGUGUUCAUAAUCACACAAUCGGAUGUAGUGCAACAAACAGCAUUGGUACAACAAAUACAAGUAUUCGAAUUUUAAUAAGAUAUCCUCCAACAUUUAUCAUUCGACCACCGCCAUUUUAUUUGUUUGAACAGCAAAAUAAAAACAACAACAAUGUUUUACGUUGUCUGGUUGAUUCUUAUCCAAAAGCAUCAGUGAUUUGGUAUCGUAAUGGACAAAUAAUUCAAGAUGGUUCUAUAUUAAAUAUUGAUAAUAUAACGCAACAAAAACAAGAGGGUUUAUAUACGUGUCAGGCAUACAUUGAUGGUUUUGAAACAAUUACAAGUAAUGUUGUUGUCUAUAUUAAAGGAAAACCACUAAUUUUUGUCAAAGAUUCUAGAAGUUCAACACAUGAAAAAGAUUUUGAAUGCAAAGUUUAUUCAAAUGUUCCAAUUAUGCGUAUAUCAUGGGAUAUAAACGGUGCAAUAAUUGAAAGUAGUGAUAGUUCUCUGAUAACCACAACAUGUGAUAAUAUUAGUUGUACCUCAAAAUUAAUUUUAAAACAAGCUACUCUUGUAUUAAAAAAAGCACUCAAUCGUCUAUCUUGCAUAGCGGAAAAUGAGUUUGGAAUUGAACAAAGUUUAGUAUCUGAACUUGAUUAUAGUGAAGUGAAAAAAUUACCAAUUGUAUUUGAUGCGCAUUAUUCCAUUAAUGACAUGAUAAAAGACACAUCGGUAAACGAUAAUCAAUUAUCACUAAGAAUUGAGCAUUCCCACGAACCAACAAUUCUUUCAUUUUUUAAAAAGAAAUCCGAUAAUAAUUCCAACGAAUCAGCAAAUAGUUCAGGAUGUUAUUCUAAGUCAUCAAUGAUGACGUUCAAUGUUGAACAAUCAAAUGAAUAUAGUCCGAGAAUGGCUGAGGUAGCCUACAAUUUUUCAAGCAUGUCUCCAUUGUACACUUCUCAAUAUCAGAUGAAUGUGUAA